CCUCCCCACGCAGCGAUGCUGGGGGUGGGGGUGCAGCCCCCCCGCCCCUCGCUUUGCCAUCGCUCCGUUGCCUUGCCAACGCGGUGGCCCUGUCCCUCGCUGCCACCGCUGGGCUCUGCGCAGGCUGCACCCACAGCCCUUACAGCACCGCGGGGCUGUGCCACAACCGGGCGGGUGCUCCUGCACAGAGGGAGGACAUUGGCUGGCAGGGAAGCAGGAGAGGUGACAGUGCUGCUGGUGGCACUUGAGGCAGCUCCGGUCCCCAAGCCAGUGGGGAGCAUCGAGGGAUAACCCAGCACCAAGAGCGACAGGCCGGCAUGGACGGGGCUCCGCCGGCUGCCAGCCCUGCUGGACUCUCGGCGUACGUGGCUGUGUCACAAAUGCUGGGCCUGACGCUGCUGGCCACCACGGGCGCCUGGCUGGGCCGAUACCGGGGCGGCGUGGCCUGGCACAGCCCCCUCCAGUUCAAUAUCCACCCGCUCUGCAUGGUGCUGGGCAUGGUUUUCCUCCAAGGUGACGCUCUCCUGGUCUAUCGGGUCUUCAGGCACGAAGCCAAGCGUUCCACCAAGGCACUGCAUGCGCUGCUCCAUGGGCUGGCGCUGCUCAUCGCCCUCGUCGGCAUCAUCGCUGUCUUCGAGUCUCACCGGACCAAGGGCAUCCCUGACAUGUACAGCUUGCACAGCUGGUGUGGGAUGGCUGCCUUCGUGCUCUACCUCCUGCAGUGGCUCCUGGGCUGUGGUUUCUUCCUCCUCCCCGGCACCUCCUUCUCGCUGCGCAGCCGGUACAAACCCCACCACGUCUUCUUUGGCAUCGCCCUCUUUGUCCUUUCCAUCAUCGCCUGCUUGCUGGGCAUCACUGAGAUGCUCCUCUUCAACAUCAGGGACUCCUACAGCCUCUUUGUGCCCGAGGGGGUCCUGGCCAACACCCUUGGGGUGCUGCUGGUGGCCUUCGGGCUGGUUGUGGGCUACGUGUUGACACGGGACGACUGGAAGCGCCCACCGCUGGCUGAGGAGCUGGCCCUCUCCAUGGACUUCAAGACCCUGACAGAGGGCGAGAGCCCUGGUGGUGGCACCCAGUGACAUCCUCAGCUUUGUGGUCCCCACCAUGGGCACCUCGUGGUGUCUGUGGGAUGUCCUUGUGUCCCGGGGUUCUGCCUGGCUCAGGGUGAUGAGGACAGCUGGGGAAGGACAUGCUUGUUGGUGUAACGCUGCCUUCGGCCUUGCUUGACCUUAAUCUUCUUUGGCUCUGCCCCGCGCGGCCCCCAGUGACCCCCGAGCCUUCCCUCAGCCCCAUGGGGACGGUGGGGCAGGGGGCACCAGCACCGGGGCACCAAGGACGGGGGGCCCCGGGCUCAUCCCUGCUCUAGGGAUGAGGUGGUGGGAGUCCAGGUUUUCCUGCUGCGAGCAGCCAAAGCCCAAAGCCCAUUCUCUGUGCUGACGGGCAGAGGGGGGUUUGCCAUCACCGAGAUUCCCCCUCGCUGGCAGCCUCGUGCCCCCCAGCAUGGCCGUCGGGGCUGCUCCCCACAAAGGGUUCCCCGGGGGCUUCGAGCAGCCCAGCGUCUGCGCAGGUUUAGCGUCUCCGUGUCCAAAAUGUUUUGCCUUCUCGUGCCGUGUGUGGUCUGCUCAGUGGAUGCUCCUGACCUAAUAAAUGUUUACAGCUAACCUUGGC